AUGAGCAGCAACAGAAAAUCCAUGGCUCAGAUGGCGAAGUCCAUGAUAGAGGUUGAGAUCAAUGUCUCAGCUGAUAAGAUCUUCCAAGCUAUUAAGGCUACUUCACGCAGCGUACCAAAACUAUCUCCAGAGAAAAUACUUAGCGUGGAAGAGCAAACUGGUGAUGGCUGUAAAGGCACCAAGAACUGGACUUUGUCUGUCGAUGGAAAAGUGGAGAAGAUGAAGGAGAGAGUGGAAAUAGAUGAGGAAAACAAAUCAAUGACUGUGUUUGUGUUCGAUGGAGAUGUGAUGGAGAACUACAGUAGCUUCACAUGUAACCUUCAGAUUAUACCCAAGCUCCAUGGAAGAAGUAUAGCCAGAUGGAGCUGGGAAUACGAGAAACUUAACUCAGACUCUCCAGCUCCGAACAAGUACAUGGAUUUUGCUGUCUAUCUCACUAAAGAUAUUGAAAAAAAUCUUCUGAAAACAUAA